AUGAGUCGGCAGAGAUCGAAUAAAAGAGCUCGGAAAAGACGUGAACGCGGUCCGGAGUUGGACGUGAUCCACAAAGAACUCCGCGAACGGGGCCCGUUUGCCGCAGAGACGGAAGCAGACUGGGACCUACCCGGGCUCGGUCAGUUUCGCUGCGUCGUCUGUAGUCGUUACUUUAUUAGCAGGAAUGCUCUUGAUGAGCACUCGGUCUCGAAACCACACAAACGAAGAGAGAAGCUUCUGGAACUCGAGGCACCCUACACCGUGGGGGAAGCGCGCUGGGCUGCCGGCCUCGGUCCAGCUCCGUUUUAG